AAACCGUCUUCUUCUGUUCAAGACCUCUAAAGCGCCGCAGAGGAAAAGACUCUGUUCAAAAUGAGAAGCACGCCAAUGUAAAGUUCCUGAAGUUGGAUUCACCAGAAGGCACACAGAAUGGGAUACCACAGAAAAACAAUGAUAUCUUGUCCCACAAAGGGGAUAAUAUGUCUAGAGCAUCUCACACUGAUUUGCAAAAUGAGGGAAAUGGCGGGGUAAAAUUUGGUCCUGACCAUCCUAGCACCACAGAUCACCUGGAACGUGUAGAUUCUAGUGUUAACAUUACAGGUGUUUCAAUUGCCAUUCCCCAAUCUUCUGAGGACCCUGAAUGUGGCAAAUCAAUACAUAGAAGUGAUCCUGCUUUUCCUACUAAAGCAAAGAAAUUAAAUGCGGACCGUUCAGACUCAAAGAAUCGUAUCCUCCUGCAGAAGAGACAAUUCUUUCACUCACAUAGAGUUCAGCCCAUGGCACCAAAACAAGUAGUAUCAGAUCGUGAUAGUGAAGAUGAAGUGGAUGAUGCAGUUGCUAACCUGGAAGAUAGAAGGAUGCUUGAUGAUUUUGUGGAUGUUUCCAAAGAUGAAAAGGAGUUCAUGAAUUUGUGGAACUCUUUUAUGAAAAAACAACGGAUCGGAUACUGUCACAAAUUGAAGACAAACUGA